UCCUUCUCAGGUCCCUCACAAUACUCUUCUUCUUCACCAUGAAAGGAAUCUCCAGAUCGCCGGUUAGAAGAAACGACGGUUUCCACCGUUACUUGAAACCUGGGGCUCUGGCUCAGAUCCGUAACUCUAGAAUCAACCACGCUAGAUCCAACUCGCCCCUGACUCGUUCUCUCUCCGACCCAGUCGACCCGCUGUCAUCUUCUUCCGAGAGUCUUGUAGCUGCGCCGCCGCAGACCAUAACCAUGGACCAGAUGCCCCAUCUCUUGAGCAAGAUCUAUGGUACGUAUCGAAUCGGUAGGAAGAAACUUGGCCCUGCGAGAUCUGUCUUGCGGACGAUGAACCCUAGUCCAGACUCUAUACUUGAAUCCACUAGUGGUAAUAGCAACGCAUUGAGUAAUAAUGAUGUUUUAGUUGCUCAUUGAAUUAAGCUUAAGUUAAUUUCCCUGCUUCUGUAUAUUAUUACUUUGUAACUGAUACACUUUGGGGAAAUAUCUUCAAUACUCAUCAGACUUUUAUUAAAAUACAAAAUCUCAAUAAAUUUGUUUCUUUCAC